AUGAGGCUGCAUAACCCGCGACAGAGCAGCAGUGUCAACGUGUUCAUCAAAGUCCUGGAUAUCAACGACAAUCCCCCUGUUCUGGCAACCACCUACGAGACCUACGUGUGUGAGAGGAGCAAGGCCGCACAGCGGAUUCAGACCAUCAGCGCCGUGGACCCAGACGAACCCUCCAGUGGGCACCGCUUCUUCUUCAGCCUGGCACCAGAGGGCGCUCACCGCAGCAACUUUACCGUCAGAGACAACGGAGACAACACUGCGGCCAUCUUGACGCGCAGGAACAGCUACAGUCGGCUUCAGCAGAGCGUGUACACGGUCGUCGUGGUGAUCACCGACGCUGACUACCCCAUGCAGAGCAGCACGGGCACGCUCACGGUACGAGUGUGCUCCUGCGAUCGUCACGGAAACAUGGAGCUGUGCAACGCCGAGGCUCUCAGCAGCAGCCCAGGACUGAGCACCGGGGCCUUGAUCGCCAUCCUGCUGUGUGCGGUGAUACUGCUGAUGAUCGUGUUCCUUUUUGCGGCGCUGAAGCGGAGCCGAAAGCAGGAGCCUUUGAUCAUCUCCAAAGAAGACGUUCGUGACAACGUGGUGAGCUACAACGACGAGGGCGGCGGCGAGGAGGACACGCAGGCCUUUGACAUGGGCGCGCUGCGGCACCCGGACUCGGCCUCAGUGCUGGAGGACCCGACGGGGCAGCGGCGUGACAUCAUGCCCAACAGCGACGCCCUGCUGUACCCGCCGCUCCGCAGACAUGCCCCGCCCCCCGCGCUCUUACAGCAUCGCCACGACGACACCGGUGACGUGCGCGACUUCAUCACGCGCCGCGUCCUUGAGCAUGACUGCAACCCUACGGCACCGCCAUACGACUCCCUGGCCACAUACGCCUACGAGGGCGCGGGGUCGGUGGCCGAGUCGCUCAGCUCGCUCGGCUCCGCCUCCUCUGAAGCAGACCAGGACUACCGCUACCUGAGCGAGUGGGGCCCGCGCUUCAGCAAGCUGGCCGACCUGUACGGCGCGGAGGACGACGUGUGCUAA